CUAUCCCAAUAAAGAAAAUGAAGUCACCUUCUUCUUCCUCUUUUCUCCUGUGUUGAUGAAAAAGCUUCAAGAUUCAAUCAAAUCAUCAAAAAAAAAAACUAUAACUUCUAUUGAUCUUGAUAUCUAAAUCCGCCAUGGAUCUUGCCCCAGAGGAGCUUCAAUUUCUCAACAAAAGAGGAAUUCUACGUGAAUCAACAUCAAUCCCACAAUAUUCUCUAAAAACCUUUUACCUCAUAACCCUAACCCUAAUUUUCCCUCUCUCCUUCGCAAUCCUAGCCCAUUCUCUCUUCACACAACCAAUCUUAGCUCAGAUCGAUACAUACCCACAAGCCGAUCAAUCUCAACUCCAACAUGAAUGGACCGUCCUCCUCGUUUUCCAAUUCUGCUACAUCAUCUUCCUCUUCGCCUUCUCUCUUCUCUCCACAGCCGCCGUUGUCUUCACCGUCGCUUCUCUUUACACCGGAAAGCCUGUUUCUUUCUCCUCCACAAUGUCAGCGAUACCUCUCGUCCUCAAAAGAUUGUUCAUAACAUUCCUCUGGGUCUCUCUUUUGAUGCUUGCGUACAACACCGUGUUCUUGAUCUUCUUGGUCACGUUAAUCGUAGCUGUUGAUUUACAGAACGUGGUUUUAGCUGUGUUUUCGUUGGUAGUGAUCUUUGUUCUGUUUCUUGUAGUUCAUGUUUAUAUGACAGCUUUGUGGCAUUUAGCUAGUGUAGUCUCUGUUCUUGAACCGAUUUACGGUUUGGCUGCGAUGAAGAAGAGUUAUGAGUUGCUUAAAGGGAAGACUCUUAUGGCUUGUUCGAUGGUUUUCAUCUAUCUUGUUCAUUGUGGAUUCAUUGCUGGAGUUUUUGGAGCAGUGGUGGUUCGUGGUGGUGAUGAUUACGGAAUUUUCGCUAGAAUCGUCGCUGGUGGAUUCUUGGUUGGUGUUCUUGUGAUAGUGAAUCUAAUUGGACUGCUUGUGCAGAGUGUGUUUUACUAUGUUUGCAAGAGUUUUCAUCAUCAGGAGAUUGAUAAAUCCGCUUUGCACGAUCAUCUCGGUGGGUAUCUCGGUGAAUAUGUGCCUCUUAAGAGCAACAUUCAAAUGGAGAACUUUGAAGUUUGACUGCAUCAUCAAACAGAGUAAAUCAGGUUUUUUGCAGUUUGAAAAUGUCUUUGUAUGUUUGUAAUAUUUGUAAUCUUUUCACUAAGUGAAUUUUUGUUUUUUACUUGCAUAUCCAAUGUAACGAGGGAAGAGACUUGUUUUUACAGAGUUUCUGUUACUUGUUAGAUACUUCUUGUUCUUGCAUUCAGGUUAUACAAUGAUAUGAGAGAAUAUUUUGACAAAAGAAAAUGGGCUAUAUAAUGGUUCAAGAGUCUGGUUGUGUUCUG